UUAUUAUUUAUGUGAUUCACAAUUUGAUAGGACGAACUAAUAAUCACGGUGGUCGUGGUCAGAGGGAAGAGAAGAGACUCAUAGAAGUGCGAAUUUUGAAUAAAAAACUGGACCAUGUCUUCAACUGCAACUGCAGCCAUCGUAAGCUCUUUUUCAACAACCACAGCUUUAUCUCGCACUGCCAGAACCAAUUUUACUUCCAGAAGCUUCCUCGCAACUCCACUCUCUUCCAAUCACUUAUUCUUCAAGCUCCCUCACACUUCUCCUAAGCGAUCCCCAACCUUGCGUCGCUUCAACCGUUUUUCCCCUGUCAUGGAAUGGCAGGAUUGCACGGUUAAGAAGGAGGUUGAUGUGCCGGUCUCUGUAGCAUUUGCUUGUUAUUCUGAUCGUGAAGCCAUCCCUGAAUGGAUGCCUUUUAUUUCCACUGUUAAGAUAUUGCCAGACAAACCUGACCUGUCGCGAUGGUCCUUGAAGUAUCAGGCAUUUGGUCAAGAUAUUGAGUUCUCUUGGCUUGCUCGUAAUAUGCAGCCCAUUCCAAAUCAGAAAAUACAUUGGCGAUCUCUGGAAGGUCUUCCCAACAGAGGUGCUGUGCGAUUCUUUCCAAAAGGUCCUUCUUCAUGUUUAAUAGAACUGACAGUCUCAUAUGAGGUUCCUCAACUUUUAGCUCCAGUGGCAUCGGCAUUGCGACCUUUUCUUGAAGGUUUACUUCAACGUGGUUUGGAAAGAUUUGCUAAGUUCGCAAAAAGCUACUAAAUGAACAUACAUGAUUAUUUUUGUCCAAACACUGGUUGAAUUUCAGAAAGAUUUGGGUACGGUUACCAUGCCAGUGUUGGUUACAUGGAUGGUUAUCCUUUUUUUAAGUGUUAAUUCCUCACAGCGCUGAUGAAAAUUAUGGUUUUGGUGCUAAACAACACAUCAAUAUAAUGCAGAAGAAACCUGUAAUCCCAACCUUGUGGCACUGCUGUAAGUUCGGAUACGAUAUCAGGAUCUACUACCCUUCAGGGCAUAGGAUUAUUUUAAUGUAUGCACUUUUUACAUUUUUAGAUUUAGAUCCUUAUUUUAUCAAACUACCUCGAGACUGAGAAGCUCCUAUAAGUCAUGUGCCUGUACUAGCUGUACAUUUUAUACAAUAAUGCGGACAAAGACAACUUUAAUUAA